CUGCUGAAACUGUUCCUGUGUAGAAGAAGAGACAGAACAUGCAGGAAUGUAGGAGAACGUUCCUGCUCGUUCUGGUUUCUCUGUGAUCUACAUGUUUUGUAGAAACCCUGCUGAUGGAACAGGACACCGGAACAGGAACAGAUUGAUGUGGAUAUACAGAGAGCAGUGAAGGUUCGAGGUGUUUCCAGGUGGAUAUUGAGACAGUACCAUGUCGGUGCACUUUGAGGAGAGGAGCGGGGUGGUUCCGUGUAAAACUCCAUGGGGUUCCUGGUACCAGACCAUGGAGGAGGUGUUUAUAGAGGUUAAUGUUCCUACUGGAACAUCCAGCAAAGACAUCAGGUGCAGCCUCGGCAGCAAACACGUAGAGCUCAACGUGAAAGGACAGGAGAUCUUCAAGGGAAAGUUGUUCUCAUCGACGGUGGGUGAUGAAGCAACAUGGACACUGGAGGACAAAAAGCUGAUCAGGAUCGUCCUGAUGAAGACAAACCGCGAGGCGGGGAACUGCUGGACUUCGCUGUUGGAGGAGCAGUACGCCGCUGACCCGUGGCUGCAGGACCAGAUGCAGAGGAAACUCACUUUGGAGAGAUUUCAGAGAGAGAACCCUGGGUUUGACUUCAGCGGUGCCGAAAUCUCGGGAAACUUCCACGGUGGCGGCCCGGAUUUCAGCAGUUUACAGAAGUAACUACUCAUCCAGCAGAGAAGAAAGACUUUCUACUGACUGCAGGGGCUUGUUUUUGCUCAAUGGGACACUUUCACAUCGCUGCAGUCAAACACAGUACAUCCUGACUGCUGGUUUAAACUCUGAUGCCUCACAAAUCAUUACAUUAACUUUUGUUAAAGCCAUAACUUAAAUUCUCACAGAAUGCCUUUGGGUUGGUUUUAUAGACGCCUGUGAAAAGGGUUGCCAUGUCUUACCCCAAUCCCCUAAGACACUGCUCUUAGGAAUAAUCUGGCAACUUUAUAUUUAUUAGUGAUAAACAGUGGAACAAUAAAUGAUUGAAUAAAAGGAGAAAUUAUGCAGGUAA